GAAGCUUCGGUCCCUUCUCCGUAAGACUGGUUCUGUGUUUGCCCUUUUGCCGGGUAAGGAAGCGCUGGAAUCCUCAGUAGAGUGUGCAGGGUUCAAUGUGGCAGCCUUGCUUCCCAUCAUGAAGCUGAGCUGCCUUUUCGACACAGCAUCGAUGCCUGUCGGCCGCAAGCAGCUUAAGGUGGAGGCAUGGUUUGUCAAGGGCUGCUGCGUGCUAGUCAAGAAGAAGAUCAGCCGGGGACAGUGGCCAAAGAACCGUUCUUUCCGUUUGCUGAUGGCUGCCGCCAUGGGAGUUGAACCACCUGAAGAACCUGACAAUCAGGAAGGUGAAGAGGAGGAUCCACAUGCGGACGAUGAUGGCCUGGAUCCGGCACCAUCUUCACCUGCCCCCUCUUCUGUCGAGAUCAAUGUCAGCGAUGAGGAGAUGGAUGCUACGGUGGAUGACGAGAUGGUCCCUCCGGUGGAGGAUGGACCCAGUGUCGAGGUGAAUAGCAUUUUUGAUGAUCCAAUUGAACCCGUCGAUGAUGAGCCGACUUCUUUGGUGGAACCUGCAGCUGAAAGCAUGGAGCUGGCUGAAGCUGCUGAAUCGGCCGCUGAGGACCUUAGUGACCCAUCCAGUGAUGGCACUGAAUCCCACAAGCCUGUGGCCCUCAGCCGAGGCAAAUCCCAUGUUUUCAGUGGCCUGGUUGAUGCUUCAGCAGAGUCCCAGUAUGAGGAGUCAGACGAACAGCGCAUUGCAGAGGACAAGCGCCUUCCUCUCUUUCCAGAUGGUGGUCCUUCGUCUACUACCAUGGACAGCUUGAAGGCAAAGCUGAAAGAGCUGCGUCAGGCGCACAAGGCUUUGAAAAGCAAGCGAUGUGCCAAAGAUGUUGUCGCUUCUUCGACCACUGGCAAUGAUGAAGUGAUCCAGGUUGAAGAUUCCCUCCCAUAUGGGCAGGACAAUGCCGAGACAAUGGACAUGCCCGCUGGCGCACUUGAGAACUUGAUGGAGAAGUUCAAUGCUGUGGAGGCGGACCUUGAGCUUGAGACCGUUCUGCUGCGCCGGCAGCAGCUUGGCUUGAAGCAGGGUGACCCCCAGGAGGACGCGACACCUACUACUGGCCGAGGCGAUGUGCCGGAUUUGGGAGAUGAGAUGAAGCUGACCAAGCAUGUUGGCGAGACUGCUGCUGCAGAGCCAGGGGCUGACAAGCCGAACGGUGAGAAGCCUCCCAGGAAGUCACGGAAGAGAACCUGUGCACCUUCAGUGGAUGCUCUUCCUUCGGCUGCGUCUGAGGAGAAGAAGGAGCCUGCACAGAAGAAGGCCAAGAGCAAGGCAAAGAACAAGCCCGAGGAGUCCAAGGCGAUGGCCGAGCAGCCACCUGUGGAGAGUGAGAAGAAAGCAGUGCCCAAGCACGUAGCUAAGAAGUUGAAGAAGACCAAUGCAGAGGAACCUCCCCAGGUUGUGCCGAAGCCAGCGGUGGUCGCUGAGAAGGCAGACAGCUCUCAGAAGACCUUUGCCCGCAGGUACCGUACUUCCGCCAAUGGGUUGAAGUUUGAUGCUUUGAAGUGGGCAUUCAACGAGACCAUUUGGCCAUGCGUGCAUUCGCCGUCGAAGCACGAGGACAAGUUCUGGAAGCAUGCCAUGUCUUUGUGGAAGGGCAAGGACAUCAAUGAGGAGAAUGUCCAGAGCCUUGCUGCUGCAGCCGCUGUCAGUCGUCUGCCUGCCGCCAUGGACCGUGGCCAAGCGUGGAGACGGCGGUUGUUAGCACUCCUUUGCGUGCUGAACUGUCGAAUGGACAACUUCUUCGUCUUGGUUGGACUACUUUGCCGGUCAUUUGUGGACCUGCCUGCUGCUUUGGGCAGUCCAAGCGAUGGGAGAACCUAUCCUCCUCGCUUUGGACUUCGCCUCCGCAAGUUGCACAAGCGGUUCUGUGAAGAGUGCGUGGUGGACUGUCAUGUGCCCGAUGACAUCAUGCAGCUUGACCUUGAAUCCUUUUUUGAAUCUCUUCCAUGGGGAGACCUUUGGGAGGAUGCCAAUAUGGAGUACGAGGCCCAAAUUGCAACCUUGAAGACCAAAGCCAACGACACACUCCGUGCACAGCUUGCUGCAGCGCAAAAGGCUCUAGAAAAAGCUUCUAAGCAGGGGAAGAGCGAGAGUUCCAAGGGCUCCACAGCCACCCCAAAAGCAAAGUCCAAGCGUGUCGCCAAGUCCAAAGGCAAAGAUCCCACACCUCCUCACUCAGAGAAUGACCCAGAGGAAGAUGAGCAGGAAGAGCAGGAAGAGCAGGAAGAGCAGGAAUCAGAAGAGGAACAGAGUGAGAAAGACGUAUCAGAAGGAGCCAAGUUAGGAAGACUUCGUAGGCUCUGCGAGCGCAAGCCCUCAGGGAAGCUUCGCGUCCCAGAGGACAUACACCAAAUGUGGGCAAAGGGGGGCCAUUCGCGGCAGAAGCUCCUCCAGAUGCUUGAAGAAGCUGGCUUUAAAGAGGACGCUUUUGUGGCCAAAGUCAUCCGCUCCAAGGAAACCAUCACUCGCAAGAAAGCCAGCACACGUCGGGGUUGGCACACAGUUGAGUCCAUGCGUACAAAGUUGGGUUGGAGCAAGUCCUACAUUGCUGGGGUCAUCAAGUACUGCGAGAAGAAGUGCCAUGGAGGAAAGUUGGUGAAGAAAGACAAAUAUAACAAGAAGCUCUUGAAGUACAAGGUCGAUGUGUCCUCAGACGAGGAAGAUGAACAUAUCGAUGAGGAAAAGGAGAGAGAAGAAGAAACCCUGGACACCAGCAGAGCUUCAGGCUUCCGUAGCUUUGCGAAGGCCAAGAAGACCGAGGUGCCUGAUUCGAGCGAAGAUGAAAGUGACAGUAGUGGCAAAGGCAAGACAACGGACCCCGUGGGCCCACAGCAGGAGUUCAACAACUUAAAGAAGCUGGGCGAUUCUUUGUUGACACGAUCUACCAAACUGACUGAUUUGAUCGGCAAGAUUGAAUCUGAGAUGGGGGAGAAGGAGGUAGAUUCCCCUGAAAGGUCUGUCAAGAACCUCGAAAGCGCCGUGACGAUCUUGCAGGAACAGUUUGAAAAGAUCGAGGCUGUCAAAGUGGAAGUGGGCCCAUUGAAAACCGCAAAAGAUUCGAAAGAAUGCCUUGAAGUUGCUCCAGAAGGUGCAUUGCAUCGCCGCAACCAGGGCCCAAACGACAACAACUUCUUGGACCAUUGUGCACGGCUCAUCAGCUACGGGGAAUCCGAUGGUGCCAGCCAAGCUCUCUCUAUCAAGGUCCCAUGCUCCCAUGUGGUGCAGCUGGCGCGUGCGGAGGUGGAAGGAAACCCACGUGCUGAUGAAGCUGUUAGAAGCUUUGCUCGUAUCCCACUUCAAGAUGCAGAGAGCGGGUGUCAUCAGUUGUUCCAAACUUUGGGCUAUUGUGCUCCUGUCAAGCUAGAAUACCUAACUGAGGAAGGUUUGACGCACAUCCCCUAUGUCAGGUUGAGUUCAUGGGUCCAAUGGCUACUUGAUACAAACCGGCUUUGGCGUCAAUUUUGUGGUGUGAGCAGCUGGGAGAAAAUGCAAGAUGUCCUGGGUGAAUUUUGGUCCCGUUACCAAGCCUUGUACCCGCAACACGAAGUGUUUACGCUGCCAUGUGACUUGAGGAGAACAAUUCCGUUCUAUUCCCACACUGAUGAAGGGAGAACAUACAAGUCCAAGCCCAUUUGGGUUCUAUCAGCGCAUGGCUGCAUAGGCAGGGGCACCAAUUCCUACAUCCGAAAGAGGAAACAUGAAAUGCCUUUACCCAGGCAACAGAUGGGCCUGAACUUUGUCGGAAAUACAUAUGCCACCCAUUUUCUCUUUGCAACCCUGGUUCGGCAUCUCAUGAGCCAUAGACCCGAUGCUUUGGACAUUCUAGUGGGCGUUUUUGCAGCUGACUGCGAGAAAUUGAUCCAUGAGGGAAUCACAAGUAGUGAUGGAACCAAGCAUGUCUACUUGCUGCAUUUAGCAACAAAGGGAGACCUUCCUGCACUUUCGAAGUUGGGUUCCUUUGAACGGAGUUUCUCACAUGUCCCAAAGGCAGCUUCCAGCCGCAGUGCAAGUGUAGGAAUUUGCCACUACUGUCUUGGAGGCCAGGAAUCGAAUAACCGAGGGCAAGAGCAUGUGCCGUAUGAGGAUUUUUCUCUACAACCUAGGUGGCUGCCUACGAUGUACACCACUGACCCUUGGUCAACUGAACCAACAAUUUUCAGUGGUCUCCCUCUUGACCAAAGCCGUCGUGCCCAGUUCUUUGAGAGCGACAUUUGGCACAACCUGCAUUUGGGAUGCCUGAAACAUUGGGUGGGGGCCUCGCUAGUGUCAGUGGUGGAGAGGCUUGUGAUUGGGCCUUUGCAGGGAUCUGUGGACUACUCUGAACUGGCCUCAAAGCAGCUCUUCUCCAGUUGGACAGUGGUCGAAAG